AUGGCGGAUCCUCCCCCUCCAGCGCUCGGCAAGGCACCGGCAGCCACCCGUUGUUUAAAAUGGUACGGCCCGGAAAGGGCGGGGCCUGCACCGGAAAGGGAAGCGCCGGGCCCUUCAAGACCGCUGGAGUGCGCGAUGGCCGUCCCGUGCGCCUUGAUCACCAGCUGCGCGGCGGGCUUCCCCGGGGAGGAGCUGGUGAAACGGAUCACCGGAGAAGAAGAGCUUCCGGAGCACAUUGCCGUAGAGAGCGGAGCUCGGUUUUACCCCUGGACGAUAGACAAUAAAUAUUACUCGGCUGCCAUCCAUCUCUGCGUGGUGGCAAACGUGUUUCAGGUGACGACGGAAAUUGUCGAGUCCGUUCAGGCUUUCCUGUUCUACUUCGACAGCACCACAAUAUCUGGGCUGGAUAGCAUCUCUCAGUGGCUUUCUCUUAUAGAAAACUGGCUCCCGGGAGUGAUGAUCUUGGUCUGUGACAGAGUCUCUGAAAAUGGCAUCAGCCGGCAGAAGGCCCAAGAGUGGUGCAUCAAGCACAGCUUUGAGCUGGUGGAGCUCAGCCCAGAGGAGCUUCCGGAUGAGGACGACGAUUUCCCAGAAUCUACAGGAGUGAAGCGAAUCAUCCAAGCCUUGAAUGCCAACGUCUGGUCAAACAUCGUGAUAAAAAACGAGGCGAGUCACAGCUUCGGCCUUUUCCCAGCCUUAGUGGGGGCAGAUCGCAGGAUUGGGUCAGACAAGAAUGAAGCUCCAGAAGCCAACUCUUUGCCGGCAGAGCGGGCCCAAUCUGUGUUGGAUUCAGGAGCAGCCCUGGCCCCGGCGGAGGGAACCCAGGGGGACCCCGUGGCUGACCCAGUGCUGGACACGGACAUUCAAGAGCUCGCUAGCCUCACCGCAGGAGAAGGAGACAUCGAGAACUUUGAGCGACUCUUCUCCAAGUUGAAGGAAAUGAAAGAAAAGGCUGCCACCCUGCCUCACGAACAAAGAAAACUGCAUGCCGAAAAGGUUGCCAAAGCCUUCUGGAUGGCCAUCAGAGGAGACCAGGAUGAGAUUGAAGGCUUGUCUUCCGACGAGGACAACUAAGGAUGGGCGGGAUUGCAGACUGGAACGGGACUUUGGUUCUGGACGUGCGACGGGGGUUGACUACCACCCAGAUUUUGACGAGGCCUCGUUUCCUCUGCAGCCCUGGCAGAGACUUGGGGGGUGGGGGUGAAGGGGUAUCCCUUGAGACUUAGUUCAUUCUUGUUCUUCAGCACUGGAAAGUAGCUGCCUCCGCAAUCUCCCUGCCUGGAUUUACCAAGGGGAAUGUGGACCUCCAAGUGAACAGAACCUGCUCCCAACUAAAGGAGAAGCUGCACAGUG